AUGUUCAACGAAAGUAUAAGCAAACCCGGUUUCAACGAUGCGAUCAUUGCGUUUCUACCGUUCUUUCAUAUAUACGGCAUAUACAUGUUGUUCACCGGAUUAAAAAUGGGACAAAACUUGAUCAUCAUGCCAAGAUUUAAAUUGUCGUCAUUUCUUCAGCUGAUACAAACAUUCAAAGCAAGAUACCUAUACAUAGUCCCACCAAUUUUAAAGUACUUACUAGAGGACCCAUCUGUGGAAAAUUAUGAUAUAACUUCAGUUGAAUACCUGAUGGUCGGCGGUGCUCAUCUCGGAACAGAAAUAACCAAUCAUGCACUAGCCAAGUUUCCUCAUAUCUUAUCUAUCCAGCAAGGCUAUGGAAUGACGGAAACUAGCUGUGCUUCGCACAUCGUUCCCAUUCAUCCCAUUCAAAGAAGAAAAGGAGGCAGCUGUGGAGUGAUCAUGCCAAAUUUUGAAUGCAAAGUAAAUAAUACUGCCAUUCAAUUAAUACUUACAGCAAUAUUUUAUGUUAUCGAUACGGCCACUGGAGAAGAACUUCAUGAAUUCCAAACAGGCGAGAUAUGUGUUAGAGGCGAAACUUGCUGUUUGGGUUACUAUCAGGACGCUGAAGCAACUGACCAACUAUUUGACUCAAAGAAGUGGCUACAUACCGGCGACAUAGGCUACUUCGACGACGAGAAAUUUUUCUAUAUCGUAGAACGCAAAAAAGACCUGAUCAAAGUGAACUGUUUCCAAGUAUCGCCAACGGAGCUGGAAGAUCUUCUCGUAAAACAUGAACAAAUAUUGGACGCCGCCGUUGUUGGCAUACCCGACCAAGACACCGAAGAAACGCCUUAUGCGUUUGUCGUACCCAGCGACGAUUCUCUAAGUGCGGAUGAUGUCAUAUUAUUUUUAAACGGUAUGUAA